AUGGCCCUAUCUAAUCUCACAGAUCCAUCUACGCCUGAGGUCACUGAAGUCCCUGGCAGUAAAAUUGUCCUCUCCUUGACCCUGUCUGUAUUGGCAGUGCUCACCAUUGCCAUCAACUCCUUGGUUAUCACUGCCAUUAUUGUCACUCGUAAGUUGCACCACCCAGCCAACUACCUCAUCGGUUCUUUGGCGGUCACCGACUUGCUGGUGGCCAUCUUAGUCAUGCCCUUCAGCAUUGCAUAUAUUGUCACAGAGCACUGGAUCAUGGGUCAGGUGGUGUGUGACAUCUGGCUGGCUGUGGACAUCACCUGCUGCACCUGCUCCAUCCUGCAUCUGGCAGCCAUUGCUGUAGAUCGGUACUGGGCCAUCACGGAUGCCGUGGCCUACUCUCACAAGAGAACACCUACACGUGCUGCCAUCAUGAUAGUCAUGGUAUGGGUGCUGUCUGUCCUCAUUUCCUUGCCCCCUGUACUUUUGAGGCAACACGAGAACAGUAAUAUGACUUCUGACAUUAAGGAAUCACAUGAACAGUGUCUUAUAAAACACAGCAUUGGCUUUACCAUCUACUCCACAUUUGGGGCUUUUUAUAUUCCUCUUCUACUCAUCGUCAUCUUAUACUAUAAAAUCUACCAUGCCGCUAAGAGUCUAUAUGAAAAACGAGGUGCCAUCCGGAUCAGAAAACAGGCAAUGAAUGGACAUACUUUGCCCGCGUGCAGAGACAGAGAGCCACACGGUCAUAAAACCCUUAGUCCACCUGAGAAGUCCUUCUCAGACCUUUCCACAGAAGUCGAGCGAGUUCAUAUCACCCCUAAAAGCUCACACCUUGUACCUCGUCACAAGAAGUCUAGCACACACCGCAUCUCUGGGAGAAGGGAGAGGAAAGCCGCCACCACUCUGGGCCUCAUCCUGGGAGCAUUUAUCAUCUGUUGGCUGCCCUUCUUUGUCCAUGAAGUGAUUGUCAACACCUGUGGUCCCUGUCAGACAUCUGGAGAGUUGGCCAACUUCCUGACAUGGCUGGGCUACUUGAACUCACUCAUUAACCCUCUCCUAUACACCAUCUUUAAUGAGGACUUCAAAAAGGCCUUUCAAAAGCUCAUUUGGUGUAGCCAGUCCCUUAGCAUUGAAAAGUCACAGUCUCAGUUGGAAUAGUAAGACAUACGCACAAAGCAGAAAAAAAUGGAAUGACACUUAACACAUAAGCUUACCAAAUCCAAGUGAGAUCUAUUUUGGAAUGAAUACAUGCCAUCAGAAUGGUGCUAAAGUUGAUCAAUAUGCAUAUAAAUUGAGUACUAU